GAGUUUGGUUCUCAAACAUUACGGCGGCACUCAAGCCGGUCCAGAGACCACACAGUACUAAAGAAAUGUACGGGAGCUUAUGCCCGUAGUGAUCUGUCAUAACGCACAUACGUGGUCGAAGGUUUUAUCCUGGCGUAGAUACGUUUUUUUCUAAAGCUCUUCGACGAUGGCUCUCAGACGAUGUCUUCCGGCGGCCGUUGUGGCGGCGCUCCUUGCUCCAACUACCCUGGUAUACUGCUCUCCAUUUUCGCAGCAGACUCCAGAAGACAAGGUGGAGGGUGUGCUGAACUCUCUCUCUUUGCUUAGGAUGAAGGCUGCCGUGUUGAGCUCCUCCCCAGAUGAGUCGCGGAAUCCUCCUUACGCGAAGGUCGCCCAAAACAGCGCUCUGAUGAUCAUCGACUGCAAAAUGGGUGUGCAGUCACCCGAAAUUUGCCUUCUUCACGGUUUUUCCCACAACACGAGAAGUGUGCCGGACUAUGCUGCCGGCUUCUACGGACCCCGAGUCUCUCUGAACAUGAAUAAUCCCGCGGCUCUAACGAUUUCUGCAUACAAGAGGGGAGAGCAAGUGUGUGACGACCAGCAUGUCAAAGAGAGAAUUGGCGAUGUUUUGGCAGCACACGCAGCCGAAAUAUAUGAUCUUGCCGCCCAUGCUGGGUUGCUGGAGGCCGGGAGGAGCGCCUCUGUCGCAUACAACCAAGACGCUCUGCGGGACGUGGCAGAACACUCCAACUCUUUCUGGACGAACUUUCAAAAUUUAUUCUCCAAGGAAAGGCAUUCACAAGAAACUAGCAGCCUCCCGCACCUGCCACACCAAGGGAAACCAAGAAGGGUACCGGGAUAUGAAAACCGCAUCGGCCUUAAACACGACUCCCCCGUCAUGUCCGAAUCAAUAGGAACGUCAGCAUCUUCCUUUCCUGGCCCUGAUGCCCCAAGCAUUCCAUUUGAUAUGGAAGAGGCUAAACCGUAUGUUCCGAAAAAGGCAGGAGCGGGCGGCAAUUUGAGCGAAAAAAUUGAAAGGAGUGGCUCCUCGCAGGUCUUGGAAAGUCCUGAAGAAACUGCGGCACAGAUUGGCAACUCUUUUCCCUUCUCUGCCUUCCUUGGCAUGAUUCCGCCUCCCUUCCUUCCAACAGGCAUGAGCUCCAUUGGGCUGCAGCAGUUUCUGAUUAACCCACUGGCAUUUGGCUCAAGGUUCUUGUUGCCUAGCAGUCAGGCUGGUUUAUCACCUUUCUUCCUGUUCAGUCCGAGCACGCUGAUGGCCAUGAUGGAGAGCUUCGAGAGUGGGGAAAGUCGACAUCCCUCCUCUCUUUCACCAGGCGCCCCCGUAUCUUCCUCAGCGGGGAUGUCAAACCUCAAUUUUCAGGAAAACGACGUCGAUGUGGCUCUCAACAACUUUGCAAUGACCGAAGCCGACUUGUUCUAGACGGAGUAUCUGCGGUACAUAAUCCCUUUCCAAGGGACAAAAACCGUCUCCGUGACAACACGUAGGCGAAGCUGUAUGUACUGCGUAUAAAGUUCUAAGUGUAUGCGUAUACGGGUCACGUAUAGCGUUACGUUGUGCUCAUGUGGUCACACACCAGUACGCUGGGAUUGCCAGAUUGGCCUGGACAUGAUUUGAAGCACAGAAAUAUGUAGUGUCAGCUCGUAAGGUGAACUUGACUCGGC